AACCUCUAUUCCGCUCAAUGUCACCACCACAUGCCAACGUUCUGAGUAUAAAACACAACUGCACCGUGUAUAGUUGUUAAAUCAUAUUAUUAAACAUCGCUAUGCAUUUCAAAGUGACAUAUACCACAUGGCUUGUAGCCGCAUUAUUUAUAAGUCAAACUAUAUGCCAAGAAAAAGCGGCUGGUGACGGACACGGUGGGGGCGGAGGCAGUGACAGUAGCCACGGCGGUGGUGGUGGCGGUAGCGGCGGAAGUGGCGGCAGUGGCGGUGGCGGCAGUGGCGGAAGUGGCGGCGGUAGUGGUGGUGCAGGUGGCGGUAGUGGUGGUGCAGGUGGCGGUAGUGGUGGUGCAGGUGGCGGUAGUGGUGGUGCAGGUGGCGGUGGCAGUGGUGCUGGCAGUGGCAGUACCAUGCCUGUUGCUAUGAACGGGAUGUCGGGAAUACAAUUGCCUUUCCCGUUUUUCCCUCCAUUCGGAUGUGACACGAUAUGCCAACCAAUACAAUUUCAAGUAAUUCAGCAACAAGUACAAGAUGUGGUAUCAAGACCUGCGCCUACGACCCAGCCACCGACCACACACCCUCCGACGACCACGCCACCGCCGAGAACCACAACACAAGCACCAAGGCCCCCGGCACCAACGACCACGUCAUACACUUCGCAAACGAUCAUUAUGUACCCGAACUGGUGCCAGGGAUGGUGCAAAUUUUUCUAUCAACCACCACCACAGCCGGUGUAUUACCAACCGAACUGUCUACUAUUUUCAUGGAUGGGUUUAGGAUCGGGAAUGGCCAUGGGAAUGCCAACCACUUCCACACAUAUGUGAGACUUACGCACGGUCAUCCGCAGCGUUAAAAAGCAUUCAAUUGCAUGACAAAAACUAUCGUUAUCGUAACAAUCCCAUCGUGUACUUGCGUAUAGUAUAUAUAUUAUAAUUUUUACUAUUAUUUUUUUUUUAUUAUUUAUAUGAUACAAUGUUAACAAUACUAUUGAUAAUAAAAAAAACAAUUUUAAAUAA